UUGCGUCUGGUUUUAUCUUCCGCAAGCAUGAAUUCCACGUUGAAUUCUCUUGAAUAAUUUGUGUGUUUAGUUUUAUAAAGCUAAAAAGUGUAAUUAUUAAAUUGCACGAGACAUUUGGAGGGCGUCACGUGAUUUGUUUUUAUAUGGCUGUGGUUUCAUAGCGAUUGUGUAGUUAUUCUCAUGAACAAAUAAUUGUAGUGAUACUUAAUUCUGUUUAUAAUGGCAUGCGACAGCUUCACCGAGAGUGUGCUUGUUCAUCUGGAUGUUGAGAGUUUUGGUCCAGAGGUCCAUAAGGAACACAAACCAGACUUUUCAACAACAAGGAAACUGUAUUCUUAUAUGAAGAAGAAGACGUUUGCAACAUUUGUGGCGUCCAAAAAAGUCCCAUCUUGUAAAAACACUACGGAUCUUUGGCAAUGCUGUGGGAAGUCAUUUGAAGAGUCGUCAUCAAUACACAAACAUGUUGCCAAUGAUCACACCAGUGAAAUUUACCAGCUGACCACAGAGACCCUGGAGAUGAUGCUCCAACCGGCAGGACACGAGGACUUCAUGCUGAACGAUGAAUUAACAGAUGUGUCAACCUGGAUCCCUGAUACAAGCAACGUCUCAGAAGAUGAUCUUAUCAAGGGCCCAGGUGAAGUGUUGCUGUAUUACUGCUACUGCGAAGUAAAAAAUGCCAAACUCAUUUGCCAGUGGCAAAAAGAGCUUUGUUUAAAACUUCAUCUGACAGGCAAGAUUCGAGUGGCUACUGAGGGGAUCAAUGGGACGGUUGGUGGUACUAAAACAGCCACUAAACUUUACAUCAAGGCAAUGCUGUCACAUCCAACCUUUAAAAUAAUGCAAGCACAGGAUUUCAAAAAAAGUGAAGGUGGUGCAGAUUGUUUUUUGGAUCUUAGGGUUGGUGUCUACAAAGAAAUUGUCCCCAUGGGUGUGGAUCCAGAUGCCAUCUCGUACAGAUUAGCUGGAAUACAUUUGGAGCCAGAAGAAUUUCAUAAAGAAGUGAAGGCCUUCGUGGAAAACAAGUCCUCGUGUAGUGAUACAAUACUGCUAGACUGCAGAAACUUCUACGAGAGCAAAAUUGGUCAGUUCAGUCAAUGUUUAGCCCCUGACAUCAGGAAAUUCAGCUACUUCCCAGACUAUGUCGAUGAGAAUUUGGAUCUCUUUAAGGAUAAAAAGGUUCUGAUGUAUUGUACAGGAGGGAUCCGCUGCGAGCGGGGUUCAGCUUAUCUCAGAUCCAAAAAUGUAUGCAAGGAGGUGUACCAGCUCAAAGGAGGCAUUCACAAAUAUCUGGAGCAGUUUCCCGACGGCUUUUACCGCGGUAAACUCUUUGUGUUUGAUGAACGUUAUGCAAUCGCAUUCAACAAAGACAUCAUCUCAGUGUGCAGAUAUUGUGGUUGCCCGUGGGAUCAAUAUCAGCUGUGCUCCACAGUCUUCUGUUGCCAGCUGGUGCUGUCAUGCACCAACUGCAGAGCAAGCGGUCUGACGGCCUGCUGCCUUGCGUGCCAAGCCAAAGAGCAACGACAAAGCGCCGGCCCUUCUGAUGGGUCUCCGUAUAAAGAGGAAUGUGAAUGUACGGUGUCACGACCAAGAAUCCCCAAAGACACUUUAUGAUGAUUUUAAACUCAGAUUGUGGUUGGCUUUUUU